GGGCGAUCUUAUUGGUUGCUGCGGGUCGUUGAUUUGAGGCGUUGAGGCGGAGGGAAGAUUCAAAAUUAGACAAACAAAAAACGGUGAAACCAGUACAGGUGGCACGCUACGAUGACGAGACAAGCGAAGGGGAAAACCCCCCGUAGGCCCCCUCCAAAAAAGCCCUCCAGCACCCAGACGGACCCGGUUGGGGUAUACUGUCGCGUGCGGCCCCUGGGUGCUGAGGAUGAGGAGUGCUGCAUUGAGGUGAUCAGCAGUACCACCAUCCAGAUGCACAUCCCUGAGGGGUUCAAAACAAACCGCAAUGGAGAGUACAAAGAGACACAGUACACCUUCAAAAACGUCUUCGGCGUUUCAGUAUCACAGAUGGAGCUCUUUGAGCAUGUGGCUAAACCUCUUGUUGAUGACCUCAUCCAGGGAAAAAAUGGUCUGCUCUUCACAUAUGGGGUGACAGGAAGUGGAAAGACUUUCACCAUGACUGGCUCUCCAGGCCAGGGUGGGCUUCUGCCUCGCUCCCUCGACAUGAUCUUUAACACUAUAAGUCCUUACCAGGCCAAAAGAUAUGUUUUUAAGACUGAUGAUAAAAAUGGUAUGGAGGUUCAGAGUGAAGUUGAUGCUUUGUUGGAGCGCCAAAGGCGGGAAAACAAUUCAUCUGUUCCUAAAACACCCUCCACAAGACUGAAGGUUGAUCCUGAAAUUGCUGACAUGAUUAAGCCGGAAGAGGCCUGUAAAUUAGAGGGCGUGGACGAUGACAGCAGCUACAGCGUCUUUGUCUCCUAUGUAGAAAUCUACAACAACUACAUCUAUGAUCUCCUGGAAGAAACUCAGGAAGAUGUGAUCAAGCCAAAGUGGAAUGGUGGAGGCACACCAGUGCGCCAGAACACUGAGUUGAUACCACCUCAGUCUAAAAUCCUCAGAGAGGAUCAGAAUCACAUCAUGUAUGUGGCAGGUUGUCUGGAGGUUGAAGUCAAAUCUGCUGAGGAGGCUUUUCAAGUGUUUUGGAGAGGUCAAAAAAAGAGGAAGGUUGCGAACACUCGACUGAACAGAGAGUCCAGUCGCUCCCACAGUGUGUUUAUUAUUAAACUGGCUCAGGCACCUCUUGAUGCAGAUGGUGACACCGUUCUCCAGGAUAAGAACCAGAUAAGUGUCAGCCAGCUGUGCCUGGUGGACUUGGCAGGAAGUGAGCGAACUGGCAGGACAGGAGCAGAAGGCACUCGAAUACGUGAAGCAGGUAACAUUAAUCAGUCUUUGCUGAAUCUGAGAACAUGCAUCGAGGUACUUCGAGAAAACCAAAUGUUUGGCACAAACAAGAUGGUCCCCUACAGAGACUCCAAAAUAACCCAUCUGUUUAAAAACUACUUUGACGGAGAAGGAAAAGUCAGAAUGGUUGUCUGUGUCAAUCCAAAGGCUGAUGACUAUGAAGAAACCCUGCUGGUGAUGCGGUUUGCGGAGAUGACCCAAGAGGUGGAAGUGGCCCGGCCAGUGGACAGACCAAUCUAUGGCUUCACGCCAGGCCGUCGUUACAGAAACCAGGCAUUCAAAGACGAGCUGUCUCGCAAGCUGGAGGAACGCGGCGGCCCCAUAGAUCCUGGCAUGCCUGCUGCUGUAAACCCCCUGAUACUCAGCCUCCCACCUCUACCCUCCUGCGAGCUGACUGACCCACACGAUGACCUCACCCUGCCCAGGCUGAUUGAAGCCCUGCAGAACAGGCAGAGGAUCAAGCAGAUGAUGACUGAGGAAUGCAACAAAACAGUGAACAUGAUGAAGUCCAUGCUUCAGGAACUGGACGGCAACCUAAUUUCCAAAGAGAACUUUAUUCAGGAACAAAAUGGCAAACUGUUAGAGAAAGACAAAAUCAUCCAGAGCAACAAGGCGGAGAUUGAACGUUUGGAGAAGAAAGCAAAGAUGCAAGAGCACAAGAUUGACAUCCUGCAGAAAACAACUAAAAUCUUUGAAGAUGACAAGCGCUCACUGCAGCAGGAGCUGGAAACCAGAGAGCAGAGGCUGCAGAGGGAGCUGUCAGAGAAGAGACGCAUGGAGCAGCGCAUGAAUGGUGUGAUCUCGGACACCCAGUUCAAGUGGGAGAAAGAAUGUGAGAGACGUGUUAAUGCACUGCAGCUUGAGAUGCAAAAUAAGCUGUGGGUGAAAGACGAAAAGCUGAAGCAGCUCAAAGCCAUCGUGACAGAAAGCAAAUCUCCACUUCGUCCUGACCCUCCACCACGUCAGGCGCAGACUCGGCCUCAGCCGCAGCCUCAGCUUCAGCCUAACCCUCGUUCUCAGCGACCCUCCAAAGAGGAUCGCCUACCGCCACAGAGAUCGAUUUCACCCUCACCUAUCCCCUGCCCAGUUGAUUCCCCUCAAGUCAGUCCAGUGCCAGAGUCACAGUCAGGCAGUGCCGCUAGUGAUGAGGAGGAUGAGAUGAACCCAAGACCCAUUUGCCCCCUCCCCAGCAGCAGUACCUCUUUGCCUGUGGCUAACUCUAGCUCUGCAUAUGAGGAGCAGGUUACUCAGGACAACAGGCAGGCUUACAAUUCCCCUUGUACACCCACAAGACCCCAGUCUUCAGUCAGCCGGGCCAGGAGGAGAGCUGUAUGCUUGAGUAGUGAGGAGGCGAGAGACUGCUUCCCCUCCCCUACAUUUGAUGUAGCCCUUAAUGAGAGAAACUACAGGACGACCACACCGGUACGCCCGCUGCACCGUCGUUCCCGUUCUGCUGGUGGGGAGAAGUGGGUGGACCACAAGCCAUCAUCAAACCUGGACUUGGGCACAGUUUUACAGCCGGUCAUCCCCAAUGCCAUCCAGGUGUCUGCACCCAGCGAGAAGGCUCUGUCCAAGUGUGACAGAUACGUGCUAACACACCAAGAAGUUGCCUCCGAUGGCGAGAUACAGACACAACUUAUAAAGGGCGAUGUCAUUAAAACGAGAGGAGGAGGUCAAGCUGUGCAGUUCACUGACAUUGAGACACUGAAACAGGAGCUCACUGCAGUCCCAAGACGUAAAAGGAAGUCUUCAGAAGGCAUCCCAGGCAGUGGAGAUGGAGAUUUGACUGAUGUGGCGAAAAAGUGCUCUGUGGCUGUGGAGAUGAGGGCUGGGUCAAACAUGGGACCUGGAUAUGAGCAUCAUGGUGUCACCAAGCGCAGAAAACCCUAAAAGUUGGUGGCAGAUCAACAGUGACCACUCCCCUCUAUCCUCAUCUGGCUGUUGUGCAAUAGUCUGUCUUUUUAUAUUUAAUUCUAGUGAUGAUAUUUAAACACUUUCCAUGCUUGUUUAUAUAUAUAUAUAUGCAACAGAGACUAUACAUAGGUCACCAAAGCUUUUUUUUCCUUGUUUACUUGGAUACAUACAUGUUUAGUUACUGUGACCCUACAGCUAAAAAAAAAAGUCUGUUUGCACAUUUGUUACUCUGCACACAUGUUAUUGUGAACCUGCCAUAAUGGUUUUUGUCUCCUGUAUACAGUUUAUCUGAAUUAAACUGAGUCGAGUUUGA